ACGAGACCGCUCCACAAAUUCAGAGCGCAUCAUCAUGGAGUUCAUGAUUCCGUUCGCCCACGCCGACAUUGCCGACGCCGGCGACCUCAACUUCGUCGACGAGCGCGUCUCCGACGACCUCGACUACGGCCGAGACCUGGAUGACUUCAUGGCGCCGUUCGACUGCGGGCAGCUCGCUGCCGUCGAUGCCGACUCGAGCCUAUUUGGGGAAGGCCCGCUAGGUGCUGCCGGUGGCGGCGGAGGGCAGUCUAACUGCGCCUCCGCCAAGGCGAGGCGAGACCGGUCGAAGACCCUGGUGUCGGAGAGGAAGAGGAGGGUGAGGAUGAAGGAGAGGCUCUACGAGCUUCGCUCGAUCGUUCCUACCAUCAGCAAGAUGGACAAAGCCUCGAUCAUUAGUGAUGCGGUUAUGUACGUGAAAGAUUUGCAAUCUCAAGCCAAAAAACUAGAGGAAGAAAUAUCGAUGCUCCAAUCUUCCUUCUCUAAGCUAGAAAACCCUUCCCUUCAAAAUCAAACCUCUAAAAGGAGUAACACGAUCCCCAAAUCGACCACCGUGAGCAUAGUAGGGAACAAGAUAAUUCAAGUGAAGGCGUGCGAAGUCGGAGAGGGGAGGUUCCACGUGAAGGUGAAGGGCAACAUUAGCUCCGGCGUGGAGCAUGCAUCGCCGUCUCUCCUACGCACCUCCUCUCUGUACUCCGCUCUCGAGUCCCUCUCCUGCUUCGACCUCGAGAGCUCCAACUUCUCGCUCGGGAACGAGGGGUUUCUCUUCACCAUGACGAUCAACGGUGGAGAUUUCACCAAGGAGAUAAGUGCGGCCUCCAUGGAACUGUGGCUGAUGGGGGCCCUUCUCAAGGAAGGGUUUCAACUCAUGCAAACUAAUACUUUCAUUUAGAACUAAUUAUUGAAUAAUUAGUUAUUGCUUAUCUUUUAAUUAUUUGAACAAUUUAUUUUUAUUUGGCAUAAUUUGAAAAUGUUGAGCUAUGCUAAGAACAGUUCUCUAUUGAUUGUCCUAGUUGAUGUAAUAUAUGCCUCCUAAUUAAAGGUCUUGAUAUACAUCACAUU